GAUAUUCUUAGAAGCCUUCCAUUAGUGUACUGAGCAUAGAGAGUUAAAAAAGCAUACAUCGCUCUUUGGGCAUAGGCUGUUGGGAGCUGUUGGGGAGGGGGGGGGGUGUCGUUAUGGGUCGCUGUUUGACCAUUCGUGAACAUGUCGUCAAAAAUAGGCAUCGCUUUGUUCGGAAUGGGGAACAUGGGCACUGAGCAUGCGCACAACAUCCUCCGCUCGCCAAGGGCUUCUCUGAUCUGGAUUGUGCGCGAGAAUAUCGAGACUGCACGUCAAUUCACGGCAACGUAUAACCUGAAUACGAAAUGCAUCACCCCGAACGAGGCUGAUUUAGUGUUCCAAGAUACUGACGUGAAAGCGGUGAUGAUCGUCUCACCUUCAUCAACGCAUAAGGAUCUAAUAAAGCGGGCACUGGAAGCUGGCAAGGCCGUGUUUUGCGAGAAACCCCUUACAACAACGGUCGAAUCUACUAAAGAGUGUUAUGAGCUGGCCGAAAAGGAAGGGAAGCCACUCUUCUGCGCUUUUCAUAGGCGAUUUGAUCCCAGCCACUUCGCUGUUUACCAACAAAUACGAACCGGAAGUACGGGGCCGGUGCGCAUAAUAAAAUCUACCAGUCGGGAUUUUCAGCACCCUCCAAACGAAUACGUCAAAUUAUCCGGGGGCAUAUUUAAGGACUCCACAAUACAUGAUCUGGAUAUGGGCGCUUGGAUUGCCGGAAGUAAACCGACGAGCGUGUUCGCACAAGGAUUCGCUCACAAGAAAGAUCUGAAAGCGCUUGGCGACAAAGAUCAAGUUGUUGUUGUCGUGACUUACCAAAAUGGCGCCAUUUCCGUCGUUGACAACGGCCGAUGGUGCCCGUUCGGAUACGAUCAACGUCUGGAGAUUCUUUGCGAAAAUUCGCAACUAACGAUUGAAAACCGGGGAGCUAACUGUGUAACUACAGCCAAUUGUCACGGGAAGCUACUCUCGCCACCGGAAGCUAACUAUAUGAGCAGGUACUCGGAAGCAUACGCGCUGGAGCUGGAACAUUUUCUGGAUGUUUUGGAAGGUAAAGAGGAACUGAGGGUUAAGAAGCAAGACACCAUCCAAGCUAUGCGCUUGGCAGAACUGUGUUACGAGUCUUUGGCCAAACAAGCCGCCGUAAAAUACACCGACUAAUUGAAAUAAAUGGAAAAAACUGCGUCCAGCGUCAAAACACCGUUGGCAGGGAACGAAUUAUCAUAAAUGCUACUUAAGCGUAUUAUGUGUUUAUUGUUAUAAUUUUCGGAUAACAUGACUGAACUUGUCGGUGUGAACGAAAAUAAAGUUGUCUGGAUAUGA